AUGUCUUUAUCCUCUCUUUCCUUUGUUCAUCCCAAAAACGUUAAUGUUGGGUUUCAAAAUCCCAUCCGGGAAAAGUCAAGAAGUAACGUCAUGAAGAAACAAAGACGACGACGAAGAUUACGCGCGAAGACUCCUCAAACUCGCGCGAUGGCAGCCGUCCAAGACGAAGAAGCGACGAAACCGCAACCAGAACCCGCAAAUUGGGAGUACAAGUACCUCUACGACGGCGCCUGUCCGGUGUGUCGAUCGCUGAAAGCAGGAUUAGAAGGCACGGGCAAAGGCAAAGGGAAAAUCUAUUACGUGAACAUCGCGGACCCUCUUUACGACGCUUCUAAGCACCAAGGCGUGACGUUCGAGGAAGCGAUGGACACUUUGCACGUUUUGAAACGGGACGGCGGGGAGCCGUUGCAAGGUUUACCGGCGAUUGAAACGCUCUUUGGCGUGGUUGGUUUCGGGUGGGCGGUGAAGUUAGCCACGUUACCGCCGGUUGGGUUUGUCGCGAGUUUGAUGUAUAAGCUCAUUAGUAGCAACCGGUUAAAGUUGGGCGGCGAUAGCGCCGUCGGGGCGGGGAUUAUGGCGUUAGGAAGAGUCGGUUUGGAAUUGAGAGGCGAAAAAGCGAGUUGCGCGGAAGGCGACGAGUGCAGAGGUAUGGCGGAUUUGGAAGUGGAGGAAGGACAGAGAGGGGUGGAGGUUUCGCCUUCGACUUCUUCCGACGGAGACGGGUCAACGGUGGAGGGCGGUGCAGUCUCUUUGCCCGGGAACUCGGUGGAUUUUUCGGACGUGUUUUCCUCUGGACCAGAGUUUGUGUUGGGCGCGUACGCGUCUGGUGGGUACAUCACCGCCGCGAUCGUGUCCGUGCGCUCGGGCGAGUUGGAUUCAGAGCUCAUCGAGGAGGAAGUGACGGAUGUGUUGGACAUUAACAACGUCGGAGUCGCGUUGAAGUCGUUGUGCAAACGAUUGAAAUGGCAAGGUGGCGUUGCGGUGGCGUUACCGGGCGUGUGGCACGCGGAGCAGCAAGAUAACGCGACGGUGCAACAGUACGAUAUGAUGGAAUCCUUAUCGCCGACAGAGUCAAGAGCGGAAAGAGAGGAAACGGAGGAAUCAUUUCGUAACUUGGUCGGAUUGGACGUGGCGGUGAUUACCGGUGCGGAAGCGCACGGAUACGGCCACGCCGAUUUAUGGGGCGACGUGAACAAAGUCAACGACUCGAGUAACGAAAAAGUGAACGAAAUGGAUGGUUUAGUCGGCGUGGUGACGGCUGGGCAAGAGGCAAUGCACGUCGCGUUGUUUAAAGACGGCACAUUGUUAACAAACGCCGAUUUCCGCUCGGCGGAUUUGGCGUCGACUUGGAACAACGAGGAAUGGUCGGCGUGUCCACCACCGAGCAAAGAUUGUGAGGACGAAGAGCAGUGGAGCAAAUGGGCGACGAGAGUUGCGGUGCACUUGGCGAGAGUCGAAGCGUGCAGAUGCGCAAGAGGUGGUUUGAAACGAUGGGUCGUCGCCGGCAGCGCCGGUGAGAACUUUGAUAAGUGGUCGCACUUGGUGCCUGAAUUGUCCGUUACGUUGGCGCAGAAGCAAGCCGCGCCGUUGGUGAAAGGCGGGGCGAACAGAACAGAAGGCGUGCGAGGUGCGGCUGCAGGUGGCGGCUUUCGAUUCCGAUAUGCCGCGGACGUGCUGAGAGUGCGCGCGGCGAUUGGCAAAGAGUUGGGUAAAUCCCCUCAGUUGGUCGAUACCGAACAGCUGAGAACGUUGUUUGAUCGAUUCAGCGACCCGGCAUCGUCUGAGACGGUCGACAGAGACUCGUUUAUUCGCAUGGUUUCCGCCUUGGGGAUCCGCUUACCGCCGGAUGAGAUUCGUGAGUUGAUCGUGGACGUAGACAUGGACGAUUCGAACCAAAUCUCGUUCGAGGAGUUUGAAGGCUGGUAUCGCCAAGUCGUCGGCACUGGUGCGGUUACGGUUUUACACACCGAACAAGCCGUGGACCAAGUGUUGAGCGAAGAAAAAGGGACCGGACGCUGCGUGGUUUUAAAAGUUGGCUUUACCAGUUGCGCGCCGUGUAAGAAAUUUCUCCCGCACUUUGAGCAACGCGCGUUGGAUUUCAGAGAAAACGCGAGAUUCGUUCGCAUUUACGGGAACGAAAACGCGAGCACGAUUCACUUGGCGAGAGAUCGUUUGGCGGUGAAAACGACGCCGACGUUUUUCGUGUUCAAAGACGGCGAAUUGACGCACUCGCACUCCGGGGCCAACGUGGAAAAAUUCGACGACGCCGUGAAAGAACAAAUGGGCGAGUUGGAUGAAGGCACGUAUAAACAAAAUUGGGAAAAGCCAGCCGUGGAUGAAGUCGUGCCGUCGAUUUAA